AGUGGGAGAGGAGAGUGAGGGGAUGCGCGGUGGCCGGCAGCAAAACAGAGAAGGUCGGAGCAUGUUUGGAGGACGGGAGCUAGAGAAAUAAAGAACGCAGCAGCUGGCUCUAAUUAGCUUUCUGGGAAAUCAACCUUGAAUAUGAGGUCCGCCUUAUUCAAUCAGAGAAGCUUAUUGCAAUGGAGAAGAAAGGCAACAGAGGAACUGUACCGCAUCCUCCCCACCCGUUCCUUCUGUACGGAGGAGAACGAAGACGAUGGCUUUCAAAGUAAUAGUUCAAAAGUUAAGAUUUUUGGUCGCCACCUCAAACGGAAACAACGUGACCGAGCUGCGUGGCUGAUGGGACCAAAUGAUUCCUUUGUGGAUGCUGUAGCAGAGAAUAUAUUAGAUCGGUUGGAGGACUGUAGGAAGUCAUUUCCUACAGCAUUAUGUCUGGGGGGUUCCAUGGAAGCUGUGAGGCGAUUGCUGCAUGGUCGUGGUGGAAUUGAAAAGUUUAUUAUGAUGGAUACCUCAUAUGACAUGGUAAAGCUGUGUGGAGCUUCUCAUAAGGAUGCAGAGAAUGACAACAUUGAGACUUCCUUUGUGGUUGGGGAUGAAGAGUUUCUGCCCAUCAAGGAAAGUUCGGUAGAUCUGGUAAUAAGUUGCUUGGGGCUCCAUUGGACAAAUGAUCUUCCAGGUGCAAUGAUACAGUGUAAACUGGCACUGAAGCCGGAUGGCCUAUUCUUAGCAGCUAUUCUUGGAGGAGAAAGCUUAAAGGAGCUAAGGAUAGCAUGUACUGUUGCUCAAAUGGAGCGUGAAGGAGGCAUCAGUCCACGAGUAUCACCUUUGGCACAGGUUAGGGAUGCAGGCAAUCUUUUGAUCAGGGCAGGUUUCACUCUUCCUGGUGUUGAUGUUGAUGAAUAUGUGGUUAAAUAUAAAAGUGCCCUGGAUCUAAUAGAACAUCUUCGUGCAAUGGGUGAAACAAAUGCUCUUUUGCAAAGAAACAAAAUACUAAGUAGAGAAACAGCCCUGGCAACUGCAGCUAUCUAUGAUUCCAUGUUUGCAGCUGAAGAUGGCACCAUCCCUGCAACCUUCCAGGUGAUUUAUAUGACUGGGUGGAGAGAACAUCCUUCUCAGCAGAAGGCUAAAAGAAGGGGAUCCGCCACUAUAUCCUUCCAAGACAUCCAAAAGCAAUUUGGAAGUAAGAGUUGACCUCUCUUUCACCCUCCACUGUUUUUUAUGUCUGUCUGAGAAUAACUUAUGAAAAAGAACAAAUGAAAAAUUAUGCAAAAC